AAGAAGAUUCUACAAUGAGAAGGAUGAUGUCUCUUCUCCUCCUCCUGGUCCUGCUGGGUGCUCCUCAUGGGAUGGCUGCAGAUUCUGAUCCUUGUGUGACCCGCACCGUUCUUGAUGAGCCCUGGAGAAGCACAAGCAACACACAAGACUUCGUCCCCUCCCCGAACUGUGAUAUUUCCAAGAACGGAUGGUAUCAGUUUGUUGGCAGUGGAGGUGUUCGUAUGCCGCAAUCCUGUGUACCCAUAAAUAGUUGUAAUACAAACGCUCCAAUGUGGAUGAAUGGAACACACCCAGUCUUGGAAGACGGCAUCGUGAGUCGCACGGCUUGUGCCAAUUGGAAUGAAAACUGCUGCUCCUGGACAUCAACCAUCCAGGUUAAGGCGUGUCCCCAGGGAUAUUAUGUGUACAAAUUAACUGGAACUCCACAAUCAGCGUGCUCGUUGUCCUAUUGUACAGACCCACUUACAGCUCGAGACCUUUGUGCAGCAGAUGAGGAAUGGAAGACGGGGGACAAAGGUGACAGAUGUUACUGCAAGGAUCAAUAUAAAGUUUCCAGUUUGUCUGAGAUGCGUCCUGAGCUGACCUGUGGAGCGAACGAGAUGACGGCCUCCUUCCAUAAGUGUCAGAUGAAGGAUUUGAACACCUUUUUGAGUCGGGAGAAUAUAAAGGACAGCAGCUGCUUCAGCUUUGAGGAUAACAGCGCUACAAAUACAUUUUCAGUCCUGGCCUCUCUACAAGCCGGAGGAUGCGGAGUCCAGUCCUCUCAAAAUGGAAGCCACGUCACAUAUCGGAGUACGAUUUCCACUGAUCCGUUCAAGGGAGAGAUAAUCACGAGGAAUGACUCCUUGACCGUAACCGUGUCCUGUGUCUAUAAGCUGGAUAUGAUUACAAGUCUGAAUCUAGCCCUGAAACCUUUAAUCAGCUCGGUAAAUAUCGCAGUUGGUGGGACGGGACAAUUCCAGGCCAUCAUGGUUCUGUAUAAAGACAGCAGCUACACCACUCCAUAUGAAGGGUCACAGGUCUCCUUGUCUUCUAAGACCAUCUUGUAUAUUGGAGUCUUCAUUCAGGGUGGAGACACAUCGGCGUACGCUCUGGUGAUGAGGAACUGCUACGCCACCCCAACACAAGCUGCUAACGACACUCUGAAAUACUACAUCAUCAAAAACAGCUGUCCCAACAAGCAAGAUGAAAGCAUAAACGUUGUAAAGAACGGUGUCUCUGCGGAGGGACAGGUAUCGGUGAAGAUGUUUAAAUUUGUGGGAGAUUAUAACCUCGUCUACCUUCAUUGCGCUGUGAGCCUGUGCGAAGUCAAGUCUGGAGCCUGCCAACCGGUUUGUAAUUCAAGGAGCCAAAGAUCCGACUUGGACUCCUACAAUCUGAAAAUUGGACCAAUCAUCCGCUCAGAUAUCAAAGACUCAGCCAUCACCAGUUCUCACAGUUUCUGGGCUCUGCUUCCCACCGCUCUGCUACUGCUGAUACUCUCCAUGUGAUCGGGACGUAACACGUCUGUACGUCAUCCUCUGUGGUCCAGUAUAUUAUCGGUGUGAUGUGGAAGGAACGGGAUUGGUGCAAAUUUUAAACCAACAUCUCACUAAUGAGUAGAAGAGACUUUUACAGAAUCACUUCAGACGUGUCUCCUCAGCCGGACCUUUCUUGGUUACGCUUUGCAUUGAAGACAAAAGAAAGACAUCAUUGUAAUAUUGUAACUGAAAACUGUAAAUUUGUUCUCUGGAAACUUUUUCUGAUGAUUUACCAAGAUUAUUAUCAACUAGAAAAUGCAUUUCCUGAGGAUGGGACUUCAAGUUUU